GUCCACGAGCGCUCUCGGAUCCAUGGCAAAAAUGGUGCAGCCUGCAAAUUGCACUGCAGGCUACCUAUUUACGCCGAUGGAAAAUCACGGUAAAUAGGGUGUGGCGCUGGGUUCAGGCAAGCGACCGGUGGUUCGACGGAUGGACGGCAGGCUCGAGAGCCGAUGAACUUUUUACAACGCCAUGCCAUCCUGUCGACUGUGGUAGUUAGCUGGCCCAUCCCGUAUUCACGCCGAGAUUUCUUCUCUUCGCCCGGCCCUCUCAACGGUCAGAGGCAGGAGGGAGACGUUUCUUUCUCCCCUUCCUUUCACCGUUAGAGCAUCCCCUUUUUCAGUUCAUCUCCACCCUUUGUGAAAGAAUGCGCGGCACCCACGAUUCUGUUUCAGAUUGAUCUCGGCUCAAAGUAUCUGUGUGUUUCAGCCAAGAUCUGAGCUAGCCCAAGAGAAAAGAUGGGCAUCGGCUGCGAAAGAUGCGAACGGAGGGAUGAACUCGACUACUGCAAUCUGGAUGACCGGGAUAAAUAUUUCUUGAUGUUCAUGGUGGAUGGCUACCGUCGUGAGAUGAUCAUCCCACAUGAUUUUCUGAGACGAUUCAGGGGUGUGAUCCCAAAAGAGAUCAAGCUAGAAACACGAAAUGGUCAUAGUUACACUGUCCAAGUUGCCAAGUAUCCAGAUAAGCUAGUCCUUGGAGAAGGAUGGGGGGCAUUUGUCGAAACCUACCAUCUACAGAUUGAAGACUCUGUGGUACUUAGAUACAAUGGAAACUCUCAGUUUAAUGUCAUAGUUUUUGAUCGACUUGGCCACGAGAAAGCAUCGUCGGUUGUUGCAGAUAAUGCUGCUGUGUCUACUUAUGUGCAUGAAAGGCACAUAGGCAAUCCUGAAACAUUGGGCUGUUCUGAUGGUCAUCCCCAGCCCCCUGAAAUGCAAUCUCCUGCUGAAAAUGUGAACCGUUAUCAAGGGCACGCUCAGCCUGUGCGCAUGCAGCUAUCUACCGAAAAUAUGAGAUGUUCUGAACCUCAGCCCAUGCAAAUGCUAUCUCCUACUCCAAGUCUGGACCAUUUUGUUGGCCAUACUCAGCCCAUGGAAAUGCAACCACCUACUGGGAUUCAGAACCAUUCUAAUUGUAAUCCUCAGUCUGUGCAAAUGCAGUUCGCAUGUGAACGCACCGAGAGACAUUCAAAUCUUCAAAGGGAUAAAUCAAGUCAGGGCCGCAAGACCGUGGCGAGUUCUUCAGGAGAUUCUUUGUCCUUAGCAGAUGAUAUUGAAGUAUGUGAUACACCUACAUACAUGCUCGGGUGGAACACUCAUCUAAGUGAAACGCAGAAGAAGGAAGUUGACCAGAAGGUCCAAUCUAUGCAUUCUGACAACCCAAUCUUUGUGUCCAUGAUGAGCAAGUGCAAUGUUACGGGAACGUUCACUCUAAGUAUCUCCAAAGAAUAUGUCGAGAGAUACGUGGGAGAUAAGGAGCGUAGCAUAUGUCUUCAGCGACUUGGCAAGAGGUGGGAAGUGUAUUUUGGUGGUCGGCCUUCAGAGAAAAGGAUUGUAUCUGGAUGGCGGAAGUUUGUAAAAGACAAUGGUAUUGAGAUGGGUGAUAUCUGUAUCUUUGAAUUGUUGAAGAAAUGUAAGACAUGCACAAUGGAAGUCCAAAUCAUCUGUGCGAAGGAUAUUAAUACACCCUCCAAAAUUGGUUGCGACGGACUCCAAGAAAGGCAUAAAGAUGCUACUAAAACAGUGGAUCAUUCUCAUUCUCGUCCUCAGCUUAAGAAGAUGCAAUUGCGUAAUGAAACCGUGCAAGAUUCUCUUGUUCAUCCUCAGCCCAUGCAAAGACAGCCACCUUCAAAAGAAAAACAGUUACGACUUCAAAGGGGUAACUCUAGUCAGGGCAACAAGAGAGAUUCUUUGUCCUCGGAAGAUAUUGGUCAUGAAAUAGACCCUUUGCCUCAGUACAUCACGGCACGUUUUACGCGCCUAACUCAAGUUCAAGAGAAGGCAGUGAAGCAGAAGGUCCAAUAUAUCGAUUCUGAAUUUCCAAUAUUUGUGGUCGUGAUGCAAAAGACCAAUGUUACUGGAAGAUUCACUCUAAGCAUCUCCAAUAAAUAUGUUGAGAAAUAUUUGGGAGGUGAUGUGCGGAGCAUCUGGCUUGUGCGACAAGGUCAGAGGUGUCAUGUGAGGUUUGGACGUAGGCCUCACGAUAAUAGUAGGAUUGCAAGUGGCUGGGCAAAGUUUGUGAAAGACAAUGAGGUGGAGAUUGGCGACAUAUGCCUGUUCGUGCCGCUGGCGCGCCGGAAGUUGUGCGCCAUGAAAGUUCAUAUCAUCCCCGCAAAGGAUGUCAGUUGAUCAGAAUGCCAUUUCUGCUUAUUGUUCUGAGGUGGUGUUAAUGCCGUUUGAGUCUAGAGGAUGAAGGCUACUCAGGUUAUGCCUACCUAGUCCUUUAUGUUGCUACUACCAUGUUCCUGGUUAGUUAGGGGUUGCAUAAUGAUGCAGGUGACUAGUGGAACGUACCUUGUGUGUAAUGCCAGCGUGUUGUGGCAAUUCAGUUGAGUUGCCUAGUAUAUCGAUGACUCCUCUGAUCCAUAGUAGCAGAUGUAGUAUGCCUAGGGCCCAGACAACGAACUUGUUCUCGACUUGUGUUUUGAGUUUUCGAUGCUUGCCCCAACUGUUUGUUAUUUUCUUUUA